GUGGCACAACAAUGGUCGCUUGCGUUCCCUCGAAUGUGUCAAUUCGUGCCUAUUCCUCCUGACCUUAACUUUUUAUCGCUUUAUAUUGCUCUCAUUUGUUUCGUCCAUUUUGGGGUCUUCAAAAUGAAUGCCAUUGAUCCCGAUGAAGGCCCUGAUGCAAAAUCUGAAAAUAAAUGUGAAAAAACUAAGCAGCUUUAUUGCCAGGCUAAAUAUGGAAAAGCAUUGGCUGCCCAUUCUUCCCGCCUGGAUGGUGACGACCCAUUUAUUGCUCUUCAACGAGAUUCGGCAGUAAACACUAUUAAGACUAUCAGAGCCAACUUGAAGGAGCAUACUUCUGAUGAAGUUACAGACAGCUGCGAUCAAAAUGAUUCUGGACUGAAGUCAAUUUAUGAUGGACAGCUGCAUCAGCUCGAGAAUUUAAUUUCUUUUCAAAGAGCUGCCCGUGAAAAGAUGCGCAACCAACUGAUAGAAAUUGAGAAGAAAUAUAUCAAGACGCAUUCUGAUUUAGACGAGGAAAGACAAAAACAUGAACGCGAAGCUGCUCAUGGGGAUGACAUUGUUGUUAAACUAGAAAAAGAAAAAGAGCGUCUCAAAUCUGAAGUUGAGUACGAACGCUCGUUGAAUCGGAAAUUGGAAAAAGAUCUAAUGCAUGCUAUCCAGGAUUGGGAGGAGCAGCGGCAGUUGGCACUACGGCAGCGGCAAGCGGCUGCUUUUAUUAUCAAACAAAAGCAUGUAUUAGCCCAGGAAUUAGCCUUAGAGCGUCAGCGCGUUGCACUAUUACAGCAAAAACUUCUCAGCUCCUCGCCUAUUCGAGACCCACUACUCUCAGCGGGGUCUGAGAAAGAGAAGACCGAUAAAGAUAUAUCUUCUAAAAAUGACAUUUCCGAAGUAGAAUCAUAUAAACAAAUUUACAAUGAAAAUGAUGCCACUCAGCGAAUUAGUAAUAGUUCUUUGUCUCAAGAAUGUGAGAAACUGCGCUCUCGUCUGGCCAAAGAGGUUGAUUUGCGUGAAUCCUUGGAAAAUGAUUUAGAAAGGUUGCGCCGUUUGCAUCAGUUACCUCCUCCGUUAUACAGUGAUACAGGCGACCAAUUUUCCCUCUCUCCUUCUACUCAUGAAAAGCCAUCUUCAUCAUUAAGUGUUACUGAAGUGGGUAGUUCUGCGCAGCAUGAGGUUUCCACUAACAGCACGCCCCUGAUUUCCGCAUCUUCAUCCAAUUCAAGUCAAACUUCUUACUCAAGUAUUGCACUUAAAGCACCCCGACCUCCAGAGCCUCCUGUUCGUCGGACUCCCGAGAUGAUGUCUUUAACAAAAAUUCACCGAAGUCGAUCUAAGAGCCCUUCUGCUCUCACAGCUCUCUCAAAUAACACACCUAUCGGAAUCUCUCAGGAUAAGGAGAAGGACUUUUCUACUUCGAAUUCGAAUUCAGAGUUUCAGCCACUCACUCAGUCAUCUCCCACUCUCCAUUAUAAUCUAACUCGUUCUAGUGGUCGAAUGGUGGUGGUACGCUCCAGGUCUCGUUCAUCUACACCAUCACCUCCCCCACCCCCACCACCGGUCCAAUUACAUUAUCCAUACCCGGGGAUGCAGAGCCAUCCAGGCACUUCACCGUCUACACCAAGCAGUCCUUCUUUGGGCGUCCAAUGUAAUCACAACAGCUUAGCUGGCACUUCAAAAUUGAUGAUGGGUGGAAGUGGUAUUGGAGGCCUGACGAGCCGUGUCUCUCUUGGUCUCAAUUCACAUUCAUCGCGUUCUGCUACUUCUGGUAGUCUAAACUCUUCACGCCUUCACUCGCAUCAUUCAAAUCAUCAUCAACAGCACCAUCAUCAUCAGUUGUAUCAACCUUUUUCGAUGGGCUUGGUUACAAGUGGUACCGUGGCACCUGGUGUUAACUCGAUGUCACCUUCUUCACCUACUGUUGCCUCCAACUCCAGGAAUGCAUGUUUCGGUAGGCGGUUGGCUGGGGUCGGUGGCUCAGGAGCAAGUCCUGCUGUUACGGUCUCCGGAAUACUGGUGCCGCGUGCACCGUUUCUAUCUACUUCGCCCCAAUCACCGGGAGAUGCCAAUGCUAUAAUAAUCCCUCCCAGUGGCCCAAAUAUUGGUGGAAUCACACUGGCAGGAGGCUAUUUCAAUCCUCGACUAAAUCAGACUCCGCGUGAUGGAUUGUCUCAAUUCAUUUCCCAUUUGGGGCAUCCUCAAAAUGUUCAUAAAUCACAGCAGCAGCCCACACCUGCUCCUAAGUCUUCUCAACAUCCUCACCAGCAGCACUCUUCUCAGAUCAAUCCUUCCAUUCACCACCCUCUUUUACCACAUCUCACUUCACACCCUCUUUCCGGCUCGCCAGUACUGAGUUCGUCUCCUCGAACUCCUGGACUUUAUCUAAGCCCUGGACCAACAAUUUCUUCCUCUCUUUCCCCCGCACCGGCCUCUUCCACUUCCACGGUUCCCAAUACUCCCCCUUUGUGUGGCGUCGCCUCACUCAGCAGUAAGCUAUAUCAUGCGUCUGCCGGAGUUCGUGUUGCCGAUUCCUCAACUUCAGGGACGAUUACGGCCCCGCUUUUGGUCAACAAUCGAGGAGUUUCUGCACAGAACAGCUCGAGUCACUUGUGUAUUAAUGGAAAAUAA